GCGAAAGGCAAACAAUCUUCUAACGACGUUUCUUGAAUGCUUUACUGAUUUGGAAUCGAUCAAAGAAGAAUCUGUUGGUUUGUCUUUGAAAAAGAAGCUUUCCAAAAACUUAAUUUGCGACUAUAGCCUAUACUUAAAAGAGAUUCACUUUGUGGAUGUGCAACACCUCUAUAGAUGGCGUUAUCUGGCAUUGAAUGAUCGCAAGUUUAACGAUGUAGUUGAUAAAAUGGCAAUCAGAAUCAUUAGAUUUGCCAUCCAAUAUUGCCAUCGAUUGCAAACACUAGUUCUUCCACACGAAUUCCCAUCAAUAUUGCUAAUUAAAUCUUUGGCGUUUGCCAGAGCUCUGCCACAGUUGAGAAAUUUUAUCUGGGCCUCUCAUCAUUCACACAAGGAGGUCUUUGCUGCCUUAUCAAAAGUUGCGCAUAAUCUAGAAUCGAUAUCAGUUGAUUUUUGUACCAAAUGGAAUUCUCUCGACGAAGGAUCGAUGGACGCUUUCCAAGAUCUCGUUCGAUCUCAGCAUCGGCUAAAAGCAGUUACGAUACGAAAUCUGAAUGUAAACAUGGUGUUUAUGUUGGAACUACUAAAGACGCAAUCCAGUUCCCUUGAAUCGCUCACGUUCGAGCAUACUGAUUUUAGUUCAAAUAACUCAAAUACUCAUGCUGAUCAGCAGACAAGGGAGGAAUUGGCUGACUUGAGCUUGACGUUCAAAUUUCCUCAGUUAAAGAGAUUGAAGAUGAGAUAUUGCGGAGUUUUAAGUACGCAUGGAUUGGCGUCAAUUAUCAUGGCUGAUUUACCAAAUCUACAGCAACUUAUUAUUGAUCCAGAUAUUGCCAUGCCAGUUAAGUUUACGAAACGGAUGUUGCAAAAGCACGGGAGGUCAUUAACUAGUGCAACGCUAAAAUUAUCUGAGAACAAUGUUGACAUUGUGUCAAGUAUCUGUCAAAAUCUCAGACAGUUGGAUAUCACUGUGAGCAAAGAAUUGAUAAAGCCUGUCGCGUGUAUGGUGGCAAACAUACCAACUUUGCAUUCACUGACAAUAUGUUCGCUGUCUGAACGAGACCCUCAUUUUCUUGGUUAUCUUUUUAAUAAGUUGGCCAAACAUCAACUUUUACAUUUGCACGAUUUGACCUUAUCGAAUAUGGGCAGCUGCCACGUUGAUCCAUUAAAGAAAUUUUUGUCUAGAUCAAGACCUCCUCUUAGGUCACUAAUAAUUGGGAGAACUAGCGUGAUGACUGAAGCACAUAUUAAUGUUAUCCUCGACCAUCUCAAAGACACGCUGAAAUUCCUGUCGAUAUAUUUUGAUAUCACUGCA